AUGGCGGGCGGUGCUGCCACCGAGAGCACCACCGCUACUCCCGGCGGAGUAAAGUCCAAGCCCAAGUCGAAGCCCAAGCGCAGGUCGAGGAGUUCAGCUGCUGCAGCUGAAGCCGAAGCUGAAACUGACGACGACACUGCCACCGCCACCGCCCCCGCCGCCCCGCCUAAAGGCACCCUCCUCCAGCACGCCGAAGCGCACCUCCUCUCCGUGUCGCCGUCGCUCGCACCACUAGUGGCCGCACACACGUGCCCGCUGUUUACUUCCGUGGGGCUGGCGGAGGCGGUGGACCCGUUUACUUCCCUCGCGAGCGGGAUAAUCUCGCAGCAGGUAUCUGGGGCGGCUGCGCGGAGCAUCAAGGCCAAAUUCAUCUCCCUCUUCGAGCCCAAUUUGACCUUGGAGUCCCUGCGCUUCCCUUCGCCAUCGCUAGUACUCUCUCUCCCCUUGGCGACCCUACAGACCGCCGGCGUCUCCGCGCGCAAAGCGGCGUACCUGCACUCUCUUGCCACGGCGUUCACCGCCGAGACCGCAACCAUCACGCCGCAGUUCCUGGCCACCGCGUCGGAUGCCGAGAUUGUAAGAGAGCUCACGAAGAUCCAUGGUAUUGGACAGUGGAGCGCGGAAAUGUUUCUCAUGUUUGCGUUGAAGAGGUGGGAUGUCUUCACCGUGGGAGAUCUGGGCGUGCAGAGGGGUAUGGCUGCGUGGGCGGGGCGGGAUGUUAACGCCCUCAAAAAAGCGGGCGGGACUGGGAGCGGCGGGAAGGGUGGGAAGAGUGGUAAGAAGUGGAAGUAUAUGGCGGAACAAGAGAUGAGGGAGCUCGCGGAGCCGUUUGCGCCGUAUCGGACCCUGUUUUGCUGGUACAUGUGGCGCUGCGAGGGGACUGAUAUCGAUGCGAUGGGGGACGUUACGACGACAACAACCACAGCCACAACCACAAAGUAA